AGUCACUCUCAGUUUCAGUGUUGUAUUAAAUUGCUCCUCCAGCACCUCCUCUCCUCAUCCUCCAAACCCUCUAAUCUGUCAGCAGUAAGCUCACUUUACAAGUUACUGACACUGACAACAUGCUGGGGACCCUCUGCACUCUCAUCACUGCUCUAACAUGUGUGAGUGGUGUGACGGUGGUGACACAGAAGCCUCCUGUUGUGACGCUGAGGAAAGGAGAGACAGCCACCAUGGACUGUAACCUGGGAACUGUUACUAACUCUGUAGCUGUAUGGUACAAACAGAUUCCUGGAGGAGUUCCUCAGCAUGUAUUGAGGUUUCAUCACAGCUAUAGCUAUCCAAGAUAUGGCUCUGGCUUCUCCUCUCCAAAGUUCACAUCUACUCAUCAGUCACAAUCAGAUUAUCGUUUGAUCAUCAACAAUGUGGAGGAGGGAGACUCAGCAGUCUAUUACUGUAAAACAUGGGACAGCUCUGUUAACGAAAUUGUAUUCGGACAAGGCACCAAGCUGACUGUGACAAGCUCCAGCCUCCCUCCUCCUGUCCUGACAGUCUUCCCUCCGUCCAGUGCUGAGCUCCAGUCCAACAAAGCCACUCUGGUCUGUCUGUCCAGUCAGUCUGUGCCUUUUGCAGAUGUGAGCUGGUUGACUGGUGGGAGUCCAGUGAGCAGUGGGAUCUCUACCAGCACCGCUGUUCAGCAACCAGACCAGACUUUCCAAAUCAGCAGCUAUCUGGACAUCCAGACGUCAGACUGGAACAUGGAUAAGGUUUACACAUGUAAAGUGUCUUUGGGCUCCCAGACUUCAGAGAAAAACAUCAACAAGUCAGGCUGUCCCACUGAAGAAUAGUAGAGGAGCACAAUGACCAUUUCAAAUCUGCUUCUUUACUGUUUGUGCUGUUUGCUCAUUACAAGGUUUACAUGUUAGAAAAGAUGGGACUGCAUGCUUGUAAUAAAUGUUGUGACAGUUAGGUGGAGGUGUUGUAUCAGCUUUGCAACUGCUGCAUUUUUCAAAACUCAUUCAAUAAAAAAAAUAAAAACUUUGUCAACAAAAA